AUGGAAUCGACGGGGAGGAGUGUGCUGUGGGUAUUGCUUUUCUUGUUGUCGUCGGUUGAGCUGGCGUUUGGCAAUGUCGUUUUCGAAGCCCACCACAAAUACGGCGGCCGUGGCCGGGGAAAGGGGUUGCUGAGAGAGCUGAGGGCGCACGACUCCCGGCGCCACGGCCGGAUGCUAAGCGCCGUUGAUUUCAUGUUGGGCGGUGAUGGUUCGCCCACGAGCACUGCGCUCUAUUACACCAAAAUUACAAUUGGAAAUCCUCCGGUUGACUAUCAUGUCCAGAUCGAUACAGGAAGUGAUAUAUUAUGGGUGAAUUGUAAAAACUGUGACAAGUGCCCCACCAAAAGUGAUCUUCAUAUAGUCUUGAACCAGUAUGACUUGUCGGCCUCAUCCACUGGAAAGACAAUCACUUGUGAUCAAGAUUUUUGUGAUGCUGUAUUUAAUAAUCCGAACCCAAACUGCAAGGCAGGAAUGAAUUGCGAAUAUGCUGUUACUUAUGGAGAUGGGAGCAAAACUGAGGGUUAUUUUGUCAGAGAUAACUUCAGACUUGAUCAAGUAUCUGGAAACCUUCAGAUCACACCAAUGAAUGGAUCCAUUGCAUUCGGGUGCUCAGCAAAACAAUCUGGAGAUUUAGGUUCAUCUACUCAGGCUGUUGAUGGAAUAAUUGGUUUUGGACAAGCAAAUACAUCCAUUCUUUCACAGCUCGCAUCAUCUGGAAAGGUGAAAAAGAUAUUUUCACAUUGCUUGGAUGGUAACAAGGGAGGGGGCAUCUUUGCAAUUGGAGAAGUCGUGCAGCCAAAAGUAAAGACAACACCGCUAGUCCCAAAUCAGCAACACUAUAAUGUAGAAUUGAGAGGAGUUGAAGUUGGUGGUAAAUCUCUCGACAUUCGAACAGGUCUUUUUGGCUUUGGGCCAAGUAGAAAGGCUAUAAUUGAUAGUGGCACGACUUUGGCCUACCUUUCAUCUGAUAUUUAUCAGCAGGUUAUCGAUGAGAUGAUGUCACAUCAACCAACCCUGAAAAUUCACAUGGUUGAGAAUCAGUUCAGCUGCUUUUGGUACAGUGGGAACAUCGAUGAUGGAUUUCCAGUAAUAAGUUUUCGGUUUGAGGACUCACUUUCCUUGCCGGUUUAUCCCCAUGAUUAUCUGUUUGAAGUUCGUGAUGGAGAAUAUUGCAUUGGUUGGCAGGACAGUGAAAUGCAGGGAAAGGACGGACAAGAAUUGACUUUGUUGGGAGAUAUUGCAUUGUCGGACAAGCUUGUUCUAUAUGACAUGGAAAAUCAGACAAUUGGAUGGGCACAGUAUAACUGUUCAUCCAGCAUCAAAGUAAAAGAUGAAGCCACUGGAAAUUCUUAUUCUGUGGUGGCCCAUAACCUAUCAGCCGCUUCAACUCUACUGAUCACAAAUCUUAUGUCGUUACUCGUUUUUAUAGCCACUGCCCUCCAUCUGAUCGGCUGA